AUGGCACAGUCGGCAUCAGACGCGUCUUGGCCAGCGGGCAUUCCCGAGAUCUACCUUCAUCCGACAGAUUUACCCUCAGAUGAGCUCCCGGAAGAAGCCAAGGGAUGGCUGCUAUUCGUAAAGGAAGAAUACCAACCAGUCUCAACCCCAGAAGAGGGGCUGCGUCAACGGCGAGCCCUAAUUGAGAAAUGGGCUACUGCCAGUCAGGAAUUCCGCGAGGUGCGUACAGCCAAUGCUGAAUUCACCUUUCUUCAGGUCUAA